AUAUUGCAACACCCAAAGCACACAACACAAGCAAAACACACAAAGCUACCAAAACCAUGGCUCAAAUGAUGAUGGCAGCUGCUAAAGCUCAAGAUCAUAAACACACCUCGGUGAAGCUUCGGAACGAUUCGAAACACGAUGUAUCCCUAAUAAGCUACACGGUUUGGGAAGGAGAUCAGGAUACAAAAUUCCCCAGAAAAAUCGUGAAUAGAGAUGUUACUGAGGUUACUCACAAUGCAGGGCGUAAGAACGGUUCAGUCGCUGGUCUCGCAUAUGAAAUGAUGAACGAUGGCAAAAAGUGGGUUGUUACCUGGAGCAAUCCUAGAGGUGAAGACAGCACGGUGUACGUUGAUAUAGUGGAUGGGGAUAUUGAUUGGGAUCAAAUCAAGAAGGAUCUUGAUAACUUAGGGGAUUCGAGUUCUGAUGCUGUUAGGUUUGGAUACAGAGCUGGAAUGGUAGUUGAUGAUCCACAGGCCUGCUCGCCAAUCGUCACUGCUUAUAUUGAGCCUCGGACCUGAGAUGGCUCAUCACACUGUGUGGCUGUCCAACUUCAAUACCACUACUACUAAUAGGACAAUAAAUUAGACAGCCAUUAGAUAAGUACGUGUGUCUUCAGGUUGGGGCCUUUCAGAAUCAUAUUAUUGCCAUGCAUGCAUGGCUACUACUCUAUAUAUGGAUUAAAAUAAAACAGAAGGGCCUUUUUCUAGCUGUGUGUGCUUGUGCAGAGAGGGAAUUAAAUUCAUCCCCAGAGAAAUUAUAUCGUUA